UAGGAGACUGUGGCGGUGGUAGCGACGACCCAAACCCCAACUCCAACCCACUACUUUCACUCUCAUUGGGUCUCCCAAAAACCCCUCUCCUCACACAGCCCAACUCCAUUUUUCAAAUUUGAAAAAACCUCAAAAACCCCAUUCCCAUUCCCAUUCACGGGCUCUAUUGGCGCCCGCAUCUUCCUCGCUGCUCUUUGACCGCCUCGGCGUCGCCAAAAUCCCAUUUUGACCGCCACCCAUUUGUUUUCUUUUCCCUCGCUUUAAACCCAAACCCUACUCUUCUACUAAGAGCCUCAGCCUCGUCCAAAUUUCUUGCCAAACCCAGAAAAAAAUAGCAUGAGCAAAGAGCCCAAUAAGAGCGGAGACGGUGACACUAGCACCACGUUUACCGUGUCUGAGAAGAGUAGCGUGGGCAGUAAGGUCAGCGAUGGGUGUUUUGAGGGGAAAGAUUCCAUUUUUGUGAGUGGCGAAGAUACCCAAUUUGGAGAGAAUGGUGAAAGUGAGAAAUGUAGCUUUAGUUCGGGUAGUUACUGUAAUGGGGACCCGAAUGAGGGUAGUUUUAGGAGUAGUUAUUUGUCGAAACCUCACAAGGCUAAUGAUGUUCGGUGGGAUGCUAUACAAUGUGUGUCGGCUAAGGAUAGGGAGUUGGGUUUGGGGCAUUUUAGGCUUUUGAAGAAGUUGGGGUUUGGGGAUAUUGGGAGUGUUUACUUGGCUGAGCUAAGAGGGAUAGGGUGUUUGUUUGCAAUGAAGGUUAUGGAUAAAGGGAUGUUAGCCACUAGGAAGAAGGUGAUGAGAGCUCAAACUGAGAGGGAGAUUCUUAGCUUAUUGGACCAUCCUUUUCUCCCUACCCUUUACUCACAUUUUGAAACAGAGAAGUUUUCCUGCUUGCUUAUGGAGUUCUGCAGUGGUGGGGAUCUGCAUUUGCUCAGACAACGUCAGCCUGGCAAGCAUUUCUCGGAGCAAGCUGCAAGGUUUUACGCCUCAGAGGUGCUGCUUGCUCUUGAAUAUCUCCAUGUGAUGGGAGUUGUAUACAGGGACCUAAAGCCCGAAAAUGUCAUGGUGAGGGAAGAUGGACAUAUUAUGCUUUCGGAUUUUGACUUAUCGUUGAGGUCUUGUGUGAAUCCCACUCUUAUAAGCUCGAGCAGUGAACCGUCUUGCACGAUGUCUUCGUAUUGUAUCCAGCCAGCGUGUGUUGAUCCAGCCUGCAAAUUACCCAUUUGUGUAGAGCCCGUGUGCUUUCAACCGGCUUGCUUUAAGCCACGCAUUUUCUCCUCCAAAACUGCCAAAACGAAAACUGAACGUGCAACUUUUGUUAAUUUGGAUUCAAGGCCUGUAUUAGUUGCAGAACCGACUGAUGCAAGGUCCAUGUCUUUUGUUGGGACGCACGAAUACCUCGCCCCUGAAAUAAUAAGGGGAGAUGGACACGGUAGCUCGGUUGAUUGGUGGACGUUUGGCGUCUUCUUGUACGAGUUACUUCAUGGGAAGACACCCUUCAAAGGAAAUGGAAACCGGGAGACAUUGUUUAAUAUCGUUGGUCAGCCCUUGAAGUUCCCCGAGGGCUCUGCAGUUAGUUAUGCUGCUAAGGAUUUGAUCCGCGGCCUGCUAGUGAAGGACCCUCAAAAACGAUUAGGAUACAAAAGAGGCGCCACCGAGAUAAAACAACACCCGUUCUUCGAGAGCAUUAACUGGGCUCUAAUUCGCAGUACUCACCCACCCGAGAUUCCAAAACCAGUUGAUCUUACGUUUUUGAAGCAAACAUUCAAGCCGCCACCUACAACUCCUGCGUGUGAAAAUCAAGCCUCCGACUCUGCCAGGUCAUCAGGUCCUUAUUUAGAUUUCGAAUUCUUUUGAAUGAUUUUCACAGAAAUGAUUGUAGUUAGUAGUGUUUAUUGAGGCAAUCUGAUGCCCAUUGCCCGAGCUUCUUUGUAUUCUGUAAGAAAAUUGACUUCACCUUACAAAAAUCUUUUCCUUCUUCCAAUAAUAAAGAUCAUGCUCUUAGCCUUUCCAUUCUUUUAUGAA